UUUUUUUUUUAACUUUUGAUGUUGGCUUCCUUAUUAUGUUGUUUACGCUGUAUAUGUGCAAGGGGGUGUUAAGAGUCCUACAAUAUUAUAUAUGUAUAGCCAUGGGCUGUUGUGUUGGAUAGUCCAGUCUAUAGUCCUCACAUGAACUAGUUUUUAUGAUUUAGUUAUGCUCAAGAUCUAAUUUCUUUACAAGUAGAAACAACUUGUAUGUCAUAAUAUACAUUGAAAGUAAAGUGGGCCGUCGCUUCCCAAAGACAUUUUUUCGUUUUGCGUGCUUGUGAUGGAUGCAAACACAAAGAGUGCUGGGGAUAUAAGGAUGGCAGAGAACAAGAGAAACCCGAAUGAAGUGGUUGUUAUAAUCUCUGGAGAUGAAGAGGAUUCUAAGAAUCAAAGGUCUAUUACUUCAGCUGAUGGAGCCAAUAGAAGAAUAUCACUUGAUUCACUUUUAGGUUCACAGAAUCAAAAGGAUGAAGUUGCCAGGUCCAGUGCAAGCAUCACCAAACCUCCCAAAAUUCCAACAAAUGAAACUCUCACUAGGAGGAAAUCACUUGCAAGGUCAGUAUACUCGAAGCCCAAAUCAAGAUUUGGUGAACAAUCCUUGGCUAUUGAUGGCAGCUUGUUUGACGAACUAGCAGAACAAAGUGUAGGUUCCCCUCAUGGAAAUGUAUCUAAUAAUGCUUCUCCUAGUGCAAAAGUGGAUCCCAGUGGGAAAUCAUCAACAAGAACGGUAUCAAUAUCUGUUACACCAAAGACGCCAUUAAUAGCAUCACCUGGUGGUGUGGAUGAACAUGAGGAGAUCUAUAAGAAAGUGAACACAAGAAAUAAAAUGAAGUAUAAGAAAGUAAAACUAAAAGUUUUUGUUGAAUGGUUGGUGUUUUGCCUCCUUCUAGGGUGUUUGAUUGCUAGCUUAUUGGUUGAUAAGCUGCAAAGUUUGACAAUGUGGGAUUUGGGGAUCUGGAAGUGGAUUGUGCUUGUUAUGGUCACAUUUAGUGGCAUGCUGGUGACAAAGUGGUUCAUUCAUUUCAUUGUCUUGUUGAUUGAAUUGAACUUUUUGUUAAGGAAAAAAGUGUUAUAUUUUGUUUUUGGUUUAAAGAAGAGUGUCCAGGUUUUUAUUUGGUUGAGUUUGGUUCUUCUCACUUGGGUUCUGCUCUUCGCAAAUGGGGUCAAACGGUCACGAAUUACAAACAAGAUUAUCAAUUACAUUACAUGGACUAUUGCUUCGUUGCUUAUAGGUGCAUUUUUAUGGCUUUUGAAGACUUUAAUGCUAAAAGUUUUGGCAUCCUCCUUCCAUGUAAACACAUUCUUUGACAGAAUUCAAGGAGCUAUUUUUCAUCAAUAUAUUCUGCUGACCCUAUCUGGUCCCCCAAUUAUGGAUUCCGCUCAGAUGUUGGGAAGAUCAAAUAGUUCUGCCAAUCAACUUAGCUUGUGCAGAACAAAGAAGGGAAAAGAUGGGAAGGAAAAGGAAAAGAUUGAUAUAAAUAAGCUUCACCAGAUGAAGCGGGAGAAGGUCUCUGCAUGGACCAUGAAAACUUUAAUUGAUGUAAUAUCUAAUUCAGGACUGUCCACCAUCUCUGGCUCCAUCGGUGAUACAGAUUAUGGUGGAGAUAAUGAACAAGCAGAUAAAGAAAUCAACAAUGAGGAGGAAGCGAUUGCUGCUGCCGUUCACAUAUUCAAGAACGUCGCUCAGCCUGGUUCCAAGUACAUUGAUGAAUAUGAUCUUCGGAGAUUCAUGAUUAAAGAAGAGGUGGAUAUUGUGCUCCCCCUCAUAGAUGUAGCCGACACUGGACAGAUUGAUAGGAAAGCUUUAACAGAAUGGGUGGUUAAAGUUUUUCAAGGACGCAAAGCUCUGUCACAUGCUUUGAAUGAUACAAAAACUGCAGUGAGGCAAUUGAACAAAAUAGUGACAGGAAUACUCAUUGUCAUAAUAAUUAUAAUAUGGCUCCUUUUGGUGGGAAUAGCGACAACUAAAGUGAUAUUGUUUCUAUCUUCACAACUCGUGGUAGCUAGUUUUUUGUUUGGGAAUACUUGCAAGUGUGUAUUUGAAGGUAUUGUGUUUGUAUUUGUGAUGCAUCCUUUUGAUGUUGGUGAUCGAUGUGUCGUUGAUGGCGUUCAGAUGAUAGUUGAAGAAAUGAAUAUCUUAAACACAGUGUUCUUGAGGUUUGAUAACGAAAAGAUAUAUUACCCAAAUUCAGUCUUGGCCACCAAGCCAAUCAGCAACUUCUACAGAAGUCCUGAUAUGAGUGAUUCGUUCGAGUUCUCAAUUGAUUUCAGGACACAUCUCGAGAAGAUAGGAGCUUUGAAACAAAAAAUAAAGAAGUAUUUAGAGAGAACAUCCCAGUACUGGCAUCCUAAUCACAAUGUCGUGGUGAAGGAAAUUGAAAAUUUGAACAAGAUAAAGAUGGUAUUGUUUUUCAAUCAUACUAUGAACUUUCAGAACUUUGGAGAGAAGAAUAGACGGAGAACUGAACUGAUCCUGGAGCUGAAGAAAAUGUUUGAAGAGCUAAAUAUAAAAUAUGAUCUUCUUCCUCAGGAAAUUCAUCUUAUCGAACCAAAGGCGAGAAGCAGACAAUAAAUGAUCUUCUCAUCACUAGCUUACAAUUACAAAGUAAUACUCCUAUAUGAGCUCAUACAUUUUGCAAGUGUUUGUCAUAAGAAAUUUCAACUCUUGUUUGAUGUAAAAGUUAAGAAAAAGCUGUUUAUGUUG